AUGUUGUCUUUAGUUUUCGGUAAAAUAUCCGCUGAAAUACCUGAACAUCAAGUUUUAAAAACCACCCCCCAAUAUGAAAUUCGCAAAUAUCCAGCUUGUAUCAGGGCAGAAGUCGAAUAUGAAGGUGAUAUGACUAGUGCAAGUGGUGGAUUUCGCAUAUUAGCCGAUUACAUUUUUGGUAAAAAUAUUAAAAGUGAUGGUGAAAAUAACGACGAACAACAAAAUAAAAUUAAUAUGACUGCACCAGUUUUGACUGAAUUAGAUAAAGAAGAAAUCGCAAUGACUGCGCCAGUUUUAACUAAAGUACAAACAAAUAUUCAACAAGUUGAAAUGACAGCACCGGUAGUUACCACCGAAUCCAACAACGCAUCAUCAUCAGAUUCUGAAAAGAAAAAAUGUAUAAUGUCGUUUACGAUGCCUUCAAAAUAUAAGAAUAUUUCUGAUUUGCCGACGCCAGUGGAUAAAAGGAUAAAGCUUGUCAAAGUACCCGAGAAAGUUUAUGCUGUAGAAAAAUUUUCAGGACUUACUUGGGAAUCGGUUGUGGAACAAAAACAAAAAGAAUUGAUAAAACUUUUAAAGACUAGUGAUCCUGAUGUUAAGGUUGAUGAAGAUGCAAAACCUGUCCUGGCUAGAUAUAAUCCACCAUUUACAAUACCAUUCCUUCGUACAAAUGAAAUCAUGAUACCUGUUGGUUAUUUAAAAUAA